AUGGUAUCUGACUCAUUUGAUCCAUUAUCACUUUCUUCAUCACCUUCCCUAAUCUCAUUAUUUAAAUUCCCUUCCACUUCUGAUAAUUCAUUAUCUUCAUUUUCAUCCUCACCUAUAUCAAUACUACAUCAUUUUAAUGUAAACGAACAGCCUGAUGAUGAAAUAGAGGAAGAUGAUAUUAUAGAAUGUAAAGAAAGAUUAAGAAAAUUUGUAGAGGAAAAGUUAAAUGAAUAUGGCGAACCUAUUAAAUUUGGAAGAACAAAAAUAAUAAAAGAAUAUUUUUCAAAUAUAAAGGCUAAUUAUUUAGCGAAAUUAAAAUAUGAUGCUCCAUUAGCUUCAUACAUAAUAGACCUUGAUGAUAAAUAUUUAGUUAAAGAUAAUUUCCAAAUCAAAUUGGAGCAUUACAAGAAUCAUAUUUUAUCAAAAUUUAAUACAACUAUUAACAUCAAAAUUAUAAAGUUUUUAGAAGAACUUUCUAGUGAAAAAACAACCAAUGAAGUUAGAAAAAUUAAUUAUAUAGAAUUCUAUAAGCUUGUUAGUAAAUUAGGGAAAUUAGCUUUAUUAGAUUCACUUAAAUUUGUUGAAAAAAAGCCUGUUGAAAUGAUUGUUGACUGUACUAAAGAUUCAAAUGAUCUAUUGUAA